AUGGACCUCAUCAAAAAAGGUCAAAUCUUCGGACCCACACAGUGUGACAUGUACACAAUCGAAUGGCCAAAAAGGGGCCUUCCACAUGCUCAUAUCCUGCUUUGGCUCUCAACGAAGAUCAAAUCAACUGACAUCGACAAGAUAAUCUCUGCAGAACUUCCUGAUCCAGCUUUAGACAUGGUACUAUACGACAUAGUUAAAGCAAACAUGGUGCAUGGUCCAUGUGGGCGUGGAUUCAACCUUAACUCACCAUGUUUGAAAGAUGGCGUAUGUUCAAAAAAGCUUCCAAGGAAGUUCCUACAAGCAACUCAGACAGGUGCUGAUGGGUAUCCAUCAUACAGACGGAGAAAACCACAAAACGGCGGUUUCACAGCAAAUAUAGCACAGCACGAGGUUGACAACAGAUGGAUUGUUCCCUACUGCCCACUCCUGUCAAAGAUUUUCAAUGCCCACAUCAACGUUGAGUCUUGCAACUCCGUUAAGUCCAUCAAGUAUGUUUGCAAGUAUCUCAACAAGGGUUCUGACGCUGCAAUGUUUGGACUUCAACAACAAUACUGUCAGAAUGAGGUAACAUACUAUCAGGUAGGACGCUACAUAAGUAGCAACGAGGCUUUCUCGCGCAUCUUUGGCUUUCCACUUCACCAACGACACCCCGCCAUUCAACAGCUUGCAGUGCACAUAGAAAACGGUCAAAGAGUCUACUUCACCGAUGUUAAUGCUUCUCUGUUGGCAGAGCAACCAAGGGAUAGCACACUCACUGCAUUCUUGAAGCUCUGUCAACUGGAUCCAUUCGCUCAAACCUUACUGUAUCCACAGAUUCCAUCAUACUACACUUGGAAUGGAAAAAAAUGGAGACCAAGGAAAGCAGGUCAAAACGUUUGUGGAUACCCUGGCAUUAAGUUUGAUACUUGCCUUGGACGAGUAUAUACAGUGCAUCCCACUCAACAAGAGUGCUUCUACCUCCGCCUACUGCUGCAUGAGGUCAGAGGCCCCACGUCUUUCCAGGCCCUAAAAGCCGUUCAUGGACAUGUCUGCACAGCAUACAGAGAAGCCUGCUAUCGACAAGGACUGUUGGAAGAUGGUGCACAAUGGGAUGCAACUUUGGGAGAGGCUGCUUUAUCAGAAUCACCUAAAAGUCUCAGGGCACUGUUUGCAGUAUUACUUCAGACAUGCGAACUGUGUGAUCCUGCAAAUCUAUGGCUCAAGUACAGGGACGGCCUGGCUGAAGACUUUCACCGGCAAGCUCAACGGCUCUGUCCUGACAUGGAGGGUAUCAGCAAUGAAGUUUACAAUAAAACUCUCAUUGACAUUGAAGACAGAAUUGCUACACUGGGUGGUAAUGAAUUGUCCACAUAUGGCCUGCCACAGACAUUCAGGUCAGGGUCAAAUAGCCUUCCCACUGCUGUCAUUCGUGAAACAUCUUACGACACUCAAGCGCUUUCAAAUUACAUUGCUGAAAACAAGCAUAAAUUACUUCCGGACCAGCUGCAGGCCUACACAACUAUUAUUAACAGUGUACGCCAACGUGAUGGACGAAUCUUCUUCCUCGAUGCUCCUGGAGGGACAGGGAAAACAUUUAUAACAAAGAUUCUCCUUGCAGAAGUUAGGCAGCAUCAGGACAUUGCAGUAGCUGUGGAUUCCUCUGGGAUUGCAGCUACUUUGUUACCCGGUGGCAGGACAGUACACUCGACUUUUAAACUCCAUUUAAAUUUAGCAGCAUCCGAGAUGCCUUCAUGCAGCAUCACCAAAAGCUCAGAUCAGGGGCAGGUACUUAAAAGGUGUUAUCUAAAUGCCUGGGAUGAAUGCACCAUGGCUCACAAGAGAGCUUUGGAAGCAUUAGAUAGAGCCCUGAAAGACAUCCGAGACUGUCACGCUCCAAUGGGAGGUGUUACGCUUCUGUUGUCAGGUGAUUUCAGGCAAACUCUUCCUGUCAUUCCAAAAGGCACUAGAGCAGAUGAGGUCCAAGCAUGCUUAAAGUCCUCUACCCUGUGGCAUCAUGUUACUAUCCUCACUGUUAACACUAAUAUGAGAGCUCAGCUACACGGCGACAAAAUGUCCAAAUAA